AUGGUGAAGGAUCACAGCACGCCUCCUGAACAGGUCGAAGCAUUCUCGUACGUUGCGGUCGCUAGCGGUUCGAAGCGGCACAACAUGGCCAAGAUUUACUCGGGCUUCUACGACUACGGCGCCAAGUCCGCAAUUCCCCUGGAGAAGCAGCAGCGCGUUCCCAUGAUGGUGGUCGUGAAGUGCGGGACUCCGGAUGAAGCGACUAAGUCGAAACCUGGAAACCGCGGCAAGCGUGACAGCCAGAUCAUUCUGAUGUCUUUCCUCCAGAAGGUCAUGUUUGACGAGCGGAUGACGGAACUUGAGUACGAGAUGUUUAACGGACUCUGGAAGGUCACCGGUAUCUCGCCCGACUUUUACGAGAUCGUACUCAUGGUGGACGCCGACACAAAAGUCUUCCCCGACAGUCUGACGCAUAUGAUUUCUGCCAUGGUCAAAGACCCCGAGAUCAUGGGGUUGUGCGGCGAGACAAAGAUCGCGAACAAGCGGGCCAGCUGGGUCUCGGCUAUCCAGGUCUUCGAGUACUUUAUUUCUCACCACCUCGCCAAGUCUUUCGAAUCGGUCUUUGGUGGUGUCACCUGCCUUCCCGGAUGUUUCUGCAUGUACCGGAUCAAGGCGCCCAAGGGCGCUCAGAACUACUGGGUUCCGAUCCUAGCAAACCCGGAUGUGGUCGAACACUACUCGGAGAACGUGGUUGAUACACUGCACAAGAAGAAUCUUCUCCUGCUCGGUGAGGAUCGGUACCUCUCGACCCUGAUGCUUCGGACUUUCCCCAAGCGCAAGCAAGUCUUUGUGCCGCAAGCUGUGUGCAAGACGACGGUGCCGGACACGUUUAUGGUGCUACUCUCGCAACGCCGUCGGUGGAUCAACUCGACCAUCCACAACCUGAUGGAGCUUGUCCUCGUCCGGGAUCUGUGCGGCACAUUCUGCUUCAGCAUGCAGUUCAUCGUCUUCAUCGAGCUUAUCGGUACCCUUGUUUUGCCCGCCGCCAUUGCAUUCACAUUUUAUGUUGGUAAGUUUUUGGCAAAGCCUGGUCCCAGCCCCAAGUUUAUCCGUACCGAAGCUAACAUGAGUUUCUUUCCAGUCAUCAUUUCCAUCAUCAAUUCGCCCCCGCAAAUCAUCCCCCUCAUUCUGCUCGGUCUGAUUUUGGGUCUGCCAGCGGUCCUGAUCGUCGUGACAGCGCACAGCUGGUCGUACGUCGUGUGGAUGUUUAUCUACCUGCUCUCGUUGCCCGUUUGGAACUUUAUUCUGCCGACGUAUUCGUUCUGGAAGUUUGAUGACUUCUCGUGGGGCGACACAAGAAAGACGGCGGGCGAAAAGACCAAGAAGGCUGGCAUCGAAUACGAGGGCGAGUUCGACAGCAGCAAGAUCACGAUGAAGCGGUGGGCCGAGUUCGAGCGUGACCGCAGGACCCGCAACAACAGCUACUGGGGCUCGACGGAGAAUAUCGUCGGUGGGGGGAGCCAACAAAUGGGUCAUGGACCGUACGACGGUUACUACUCGGAUCAGUGA